GAAGAUGAAGGUCGGCUGAUGCUUGUUAGGCCAGCGGAUGCUGACUGGCUGCUGCGAUGGGGAACUUCGGAGCUUACAGAGAACGGAGAAUACGGGAAGAAUAUGGAGACGGUUGCAUAUACGAGAUUCUAGGUCAGAUACACGCAACUCUAUAUAAACAGGAAUGAAAACAGGGCACAGGGCCGCAUAUGGGGAUCAUGAUAGGUGUCGAAUUUUGCAUGCAUGGGUGCAUAAAUUAGAAGCCUUGGAUGGAGACACCAACUCCCCUCUCACUGGCGAGGCAGAGAAGCUCCCUCCCAACCGCGAGAUCCAUGAUCCCCAUGCCAACACACUUGAAAACAAUGUUCGAGGAGGAUGAAGAAGCAAAGAGGGAGGAGGAGGAGGAGGAGGAGGAGGCAGGGAAGAGCUCGCCAAUCUCGGUAAGCUGCUCAGGCCGCACCCCUGCAGUGAUCAGUUCGCCCGCCUCAGCGAGACAGGCUUGCUUGGAGUCGACGAGGAGCGUCUGGCCCGAGAGCAACGUGUCCGUGUCAACUUCAUGCAUGUGCGGCCGGAACGAGCCUAUCAUGGAGACGAACCGUCUCUUCCUCUCCUGAGCGUCCUCUCCUUCGCCGCCGGCUUGCUGACGAAGGAGAUAAGAGUAAGGGAAGAGCGGCUCGGUGGAUGGAGUACAGCAGAAAAUGACAUCGGCUUCUGAGACGGCAGCACGUAGCCGGCCCUCGUACUUUGCUUCUUCUCCUUCUUUUUCUUCCUCCUCCCGGGAGAUAUAGACAAAAGAAACGCCUGGACGGGCGACAGCAACGUCUCCCAGGCUGGCCCGUAGCCUGUCGAGCCCCCCACGACCUCUGUUGACGACGGUGACGGAGGCAAUGCUGGGAGCAAGCAGCAGUCCCAGACGGAUAUGCCACUCCGCCUGCUUGCCGGCGCCAAAAACGAGCAUCCUAUUUCCCCGCCCAUCCUGACCUUGAGUCUGGGGCAGCUGGAAAAGAUGAAACGGGAUCAUGGAAGCGAGUGCAGUGCGAAACGCGGUGAUCAUCUCGGCGUUGAGAAUGCCCUCCAGCUGCCCGCUCUUGGGGGAGAAGAGGGCGAUGGCUCCUGCGGGGGGUCCUCCAGCGCCAGGCAGAGUGACCACUUUGAUGCCCGUCGUCGUUGUCGUGUCAGACGCUGGCAUGAACAGCGUCGUGCUGCCGUCUGCCGUCCGUAUCGACUCCCGCAUUGGCUGGUGGACGCUUCCGGCCUCGCUGCCACCAUUGGCCGAGUAUGCUGCCAGACUGCGCCAGAGUGCCUGCAGCAGACGGUGACACUCCUCCAGCGUCAGCUGCUGCAGCAUCGGCGCCACGUCUGACUCUCGUAGAACCAGCAUCUUCCUUGGCUCGUCACUUUGUAUCCUCUCUUUUCCGCUCCAAGACUUAUGUUAACUACCGUAAAAACGGCUUCGUGUACAGACACUUCCGUAAUUAAUAAUAAUAAGAACGAUAUUGUCAAUCUCUAUAUAUCGAGUAUUCUUCUGGUGUUGCUAAAACUUCCUCGGAGCUCUGCUGAGUCAGCUUCACAGCU